AUGUUCACCAAGCUCUCAGAUCAGGUUUAUCUCUUCCCUGCGCCAGAGCGAAGUCUUGGCGGAAAAACCGAUGAGCAACAUGGACCAGACCUAAUACUUGUUUAUGGCUGGGGCGACGGCCGUCUCAAGCACGUAGCGAAAUUUGCCGAUGGCUUUCGGGUCCUGUUUCCGAGAUCUGAGAUCAUAGUCGUUCUCGCACCAAUGUUCAAAGCAUUACUUUCAAGCCAGAAACAGCGGAUUAGCUGCGUACAGCCAAUUGUCCACGCGGCAUUGCGGCUCAAUUCUGAAGGUCAUCCGCCGGCGAAUGACCCAUCUAUUCUAGUCCAUGUGCUUUCAAACACGGGAUGCCUGUACUUCACGGCCACACUUGAAGCAUACAAAAACGCCUUCGGUCAUGUAAUGCCACAUUCUUUGCUGGUCAUGGAUUCCGCGCCUGGAUCUGUGGACCACGACAUCAAUAAUAUCGGGAAAUUAGCGAAUGCGAUGGCCAUUGAUGCCGGGGCCAAAGUUCCGUUACCUCUACAAGUCACCAAAGUCAUGUGCAUCAUGACUCUCUAUUUCGUACGCGCGAUAGAGCUGGCUCAUUCACGCGAGAACCUACUUCUUGUCUCCAUCAAAAUGGCAAACGACGAGGCGUUUGAAACGAAACUCGCACAACGUCUGUAUAUAUACUCUAAAGAGGACCGACUUACUGCGUGGGAGGCUGUAGAGAAGCACGCGAACGAGGCAAAGGCACUCGGCUACAGGGUCAACAGUAGCUUGUGUGAGGGGAGUGGGCACGUUGGGCACAUGCGAAAGUGGCCUGGGAAAUAUUGGACCAUGAUCAGGAAGGGCUGGCAGGACGCGGUUGGGGCUUUGGCAGUAAAAGCUCGUCUAUAA